AUGACCCUCCCAGAGGACACCUCCUCGAGACUCGCAUCGCGGCGCCCUUCUGUGGCCUGCCCGCUGCUCGACUCGUGCCCAAAUGAGCUGCGCGAGCUGGACGCCGUCGAGGUCUUCUUCUCGCGCACCGCCCGGGACAACCGGCUGGGCUGCAUGUUCGUGCGCUGCGCGCCCUCCAGCCGCUACACGCUGCUGUUCUCGCACGGCAACGCGGUGGACCUGGGCCAGAUGUGCAGCUUCUACAUCGGCCUGGGCUCGCGCAUCAACUGCAACAUCUUCUCCUACGACUACUCGGGCUACGGCGUCAGCUCGGGCAAGCCCUCCGAGAAGAACCUGUACGCCGACAUCGACGCCGCCUGGCAGGCGCUGCGCACCCGGUACGGCGUGAGUCCUGAGAACAUCAUCCUGUACGGCCAGAGCAUCGGGACCGUCCCCACGGUGGACCUGGCCUCGCGUUACGAGUGUGCCGCAGUCAUCCUCCACUCGCCUCUGAUGUCAGGCUUGCGCGUGGCUUUUCCGGACACCAGGAAAACGUACUGCUUCGAUGCGUUCCCCAGCAUUGACAAGAUCUCUAAAGUCACCUCUCCUGUGUUGGUCAUCCACGGUACAGAGGACGAGGUCAUCGACUUCUCCCACGGCCUGGCCAUGUACGAGCGCUGUCCCCGAGCCGUGGAGCCCCUCUGGGUGGAAGGGGCCGGACACAACGACAUAGAACUUUACGCACAAUACCUGGACAGACUAAAACAGUUCAUAUCUCACGAACUGCCUAAUUCCUGAAGAAGGCGCCUUGAUCGUACCUCAUUUACUGCGAACACACGAGUCCUCUGUUUCGCACGUGCUUGAACUGGGCAGCGGUGACGGUGUGACAGCCACGGGGGAAGCGCCCGCCUUUCGGUGUUCCAAUCAAAUUGCUGAGGAGGUCCCAGCCUUCUGUAUCUGGAGGCGGCUCUCCUCGUUCCCACAGCACGCUAAACCGCACAUCUGUGGCAGCCAGCGUCCCCCGCCUGGCGGGAAGGGGGGAAUGGGAGCUGGGUGCCCGACGGUCGGUUUUCCCGUGCUGUGUGGGGAAUGCUCACGUCUGUCGCCCCGCUGUCCCCGCCGGUCACGGUUCCCUUAACGCAGGACUCAGCCCUCUCCCCACCAGUGUUCUCAGUAUUUGACACGCAGCUCUUUUUCCGGCCGCUGGAUUCAUGGGUUCGAUCCAUUUGUGAAGCUGUGAUUAGAAUACCACCGGAAAACUCGGGUGAUGAGAAUUCAUUCCUUUGCUAAGUUUCGUUCACAGGCUGAUCUCUUACCCCAAACAAACCAGCCCAAGGGUGAUUUACUGGAACGAUCAUGAACAGGUUCAUCCACUGGAACCAUGUGAACAUAACUGGAAUAUUCUUAAUCAAAAGGAAACUGGGGUUUUUUUAAGCAUAAAUUUAUUACUAGUCCACAGAGUUUUAAUAUUUUGAUGGUCCGGUUGGUCUAACACAGAGCCUAGCCGACUUUCCUUCUGUGAAGCCCUCCUGGUAGGACUUUUUUAAAGUACUGUACAUAUUUGCAAUUGCAUUGUGCAUAUAGAUUCUUAAUGGGUAAUUUCCUUUUGUCGGGCUACAAGGCAAACUGCAGAUCCCUCGUUUGUAAUGUAAAUGAUUGAAUACAUUUUGUUAAUAUGUUUUUAUUCCUAUGUUUUGCUAUUAAAAAAAUUUUAUAACAUUUCCAAGACAAAAAAAAAAAAAAUUACAAGUUGAUGCUUUGAACAACUUACGUAAUGGAAAUUUCACUAAACUAAUCCUUUUAGUUUAGGAGCUACUUGGGUUUUGACACUGGAGCUGCGCCGAGUAAGCAUCAGAAAUGGAGGAUGCUUAAAAAUUGCUACAUUGCUCAUCUUGGUUGGGGGUUUGGGUUGGGGGGGUUCCUCGGUUUUGAUUCCAUUUUUCUUUUCAAAUUUAAAAGCCUUAAAUGUACUGUAAGCCUCAGAUUGUCGUACAGCUGGAUCGCGAACGAUUGCCAGUCUGUGUACUGUGGUGUGGAGAGAGCACGGCGGUUGGCCACGGAAUAAAGAAUGCAUGGAUCAGAGCGUGA